AGAAGGUCGUGCGACAGGGCAACGCAAUUGGCUAGCGUCCCUGAGCAAGUACCAGCCAAUUGGGAAGUGGGGCGAGUUUAUAAAAGCCGAUUCCACGAGCUUGCGCGUUCUUUUUCCCGCUUGCGCUCGAACUGUUGACGGUAAGGUUUGCUUUACGCGGGCGGAAAGGCCUGUUUCUAGGUCUAUAGUGGUUAGUCUCGCUUGACCCAACAGCAGAACAUUCCAAAAGGGGCACAAAUCACGUGUGAACAGGCGCAGUUGUGUUUUUUAUUUAAAAUGUUUUAUAUUUAUUUAAGACCUGUUGAAAGCUUUGGAAUAUUACGAAAAUGCUGUAAAGAAUCGAAAACCUCGUCCUGGUGUAGAAUUGCAGUCACUGUUAGUUCUACCCAGAGUAAAAGGUAAAGGGACCCCUGAUCGUUAAGUUCAGUCAUGAACGACCCGGGGGUUGCAGUGCUCCUCUUGCUUAACUGGCCGAGGGAGCCGAAGUUUGUCUGCAGAGUUUUUCCGGGUCAUGUGGCCAGUAUGACUAAGCCGCGUCUGGCGAACCAGGGCAGCGCACGGAAAUGCCAUUUACCUUCCCGUCGGAGCGGUACUUAUUUACCCACUUGCACUUGGACGUGCUUUCGAACUCCUAGGUUGGCAGGAGUCUACUAAGAGUAGACCCAUGGUAAUUAAUGGACAGGGCAGUCUUCGGUCUAGUAAUUUCUAUAGCUAUGCUCUGAGUGGGAUUGACACUGGAUGACACCCAUAGUUUUUUUUAAUCCCCACGUGUCAGUUUGUAUAUUUAUACCCUGGUCCAGAGUCACCUAGUGAAUUUCAUGGCUGAGCAGGGUUUGCACCCGGUCUGCAACAUUACUUAGUUGAGAUCUUAUCCAGGCCACUAGAUAAGUUACAUGGCCCAAAAUUAUGAAAUUGGUCCCCAAAUCCAGGUUUAUAUUCUGAAAAAGUUAAAAGACCACUGUUUUAACUGCUAGAUCUCUCACAAUUGGUGAUAGGGUGAAUUGAUUUUCUGGUAGCAGGGCCAGAAAGGAGACAACGCGUUUACCUGUUUGUAUGAGUUAAUGAAAGUUAGAGCUUUGAAGGAGGUGGUAAAACCUCUCGUUCAUGCCUCAUAGUUCUCAUGGAAUGGGUGAUCUGCUUUAGAUCCUGCAAAGGACCCUUUACGUUUCAGAAAGGGAGGAUCUUGCAACCUCUUGCUGAUGCAAAUCCUUCUCCGGCAGCAUAGCAGAACGGUCAUAUCAAUGUUGAGUGUUGGGCCAGUUCAUUUUAUGUGUAGGUCUCCAGUCUGGUUUAAGGCUUUGUUGAGGCCUCCUUCCCUUGGUCUUUUUUCCUACCUGUGAGAAGCGUUUGUUUCUGAGUGUGGCUAGGAUGAUUACAGAAUUCUUCAAGGCAUCUGGUUGGCCACUCUCAGAACGGGAUGCUGGACCCCCUUUGACCAGGUCCAGCCCCUGGGGUCCUUGUUAAGGCCUCCUCCUUUACCUUUCCAGGUGUGUUUGCUGCCACUGAAUGAUAUGAACCCAGUAGAUAGGGAGGAGCCUAAACUGUGAUUUUGGAAAAUCUGUGUGGGUAAUCUGUUAGGCCCAUCGGACAGCAGCCGAUGAUGAGCUCUUAAUUUUCUGACACCUCGUAUGAAAACUGGUUGCAGUUUACUGAUUACGAGCACGAGCUGAGGCUUAAAAGCUGAUUUCAGAGAGGCACCUUCCUUUCAAACUAGAACCUUGUUCCUGUCUGUUUUGAAAACAAAAUGUAUUAUUUGCACUUUAUUCAUUCUUAUUCUUAUUUUAAUUUUCUUCAGGAAGCACACGGGAGAAGAGAAGAGACUAUGUUGGUAUCAGAAGUGAUCUAGCAGGACACUGGGUUGUGCCAGGCCUUUGUGGUGAGUUUUUAACCAUCCAAGAAAAUUUACCAGACACACUUUUCAUUGUGCACUUUACGCAUAAGUAGACCUAGAGGGUGUUCCUUGGAUGAAUAGACCCAAAUUUUAGCUUGUUACUAGUUACAGUUUUCCUUUUGGGAAAAAAAAAUCACCUGCGACAUAAAAUGUCCCAGAAAUACAUUGAGUUUUGCCAUUGGGAUGCAUUUACUACCCCAGCCAAUGUUAGUGGAUUGAGAUAACCGUAUUAUUCCAUUGUUUUUCUCAUAGGAAAAUGGCCAGCAAACAGAAUAUGUGGAGUGCCAAUAGGUUGGCACAAACCUAAUUCAGGUGUGUUGAAUUUUUCAACUUUCAAAUUCAAAAAAUGAGGGGUGCUAAAAGUUGCAACGUGACUUGGGAAUUAAAAAAAUAUUUUGGUUGAAUUAAUAUAAUUUAGUUUUGCUUGCUGAAUAAGUACAGUCAUACCUCGGGUUAAAUGUGCUUCAGGUUGAGCGUUUUCAGGUUACGCUCUGCGGCGACCCGGAAGUAACGGAAAGCAUUACUUCCGGGUUUUGCCGCAUGGCGCAGACGCUCAAAAUGACGGAUCCCGUUCACAUCGAGGUACCACUGUACAUACAAACAUUUUUAACAUUUGUGUGGAAUGCAACUUAAUUUUAAAUUUGUCUUAUUUUUAAAAAAUGUGUAAAAUUGCAUAAACAUUUAAAUAAUUGUCAAGUACUUGCAGUUAUAUAUUGAUUUUAUUUUUUAUUUAUAUACUAUACAUAUUUUUAUAUUGAAUUGUAUAUUACAGUUAAACACGUAUAUAAUUCACUAAUGUGCUGUAGCUGUAUUUGAUUGUUUCACAGAUUGAAGAAUCUUCAUCAUUGUGUUAAAAAUUUAUUGUCAGUGCUGCUGCUGCUGCUGCUGCUGCUACUACUACUACUACUACCGUCUUAACCAGUGGGAAUUGACCUUCAAUGGAUUCUAACCAGAGAACAAGUCUUGGGACAUCCACUCACGUGAGCGAUCUAAUUGGAACUGCCAGAGAAUUGUUGCCCUCUGAACUCCCAACUCUGCGAGACGUUAUGAGGUACGGGCUGCAGCUAAGAGAACAAAUUGGUGAGGGGGGCUGGGCGAUGUAUCAGUACAGUGGUGCCUUGGUUUACGAUCUUACUCUGUUCUGGAAGUCUAUUCUUAAACCAAGGUGUGCUUUCACAUAGCAGCAGGGGACUCAAUUUACAAAUGGAACACACUCAACAGGAAGUGAAGCAUGCUCUUAUUCCAAAGCAAAGUUCCCAAACCAAAACACCUACUGUACUUCCAGGUUUACAAACGUUCUUAAUCCAAGUUGUUCCCCCGCUGCUAUGCGAAGGCAUGCCUUGGUUUAAGAACGCUUUGGUUUAAGAACGGACUUCCGGAACAGAUUAAGUUCGUAAACCAAGGUACCACUGUAUAUCAUUCAAAACCGUUUCUGAAGUCCACAUUAUUAUAGCAUUUUCAUAGUAUGUGAUGUGGCAAUAAAUCAUGAAUCGUGAUGUGUGUGUGCUAUGCAAAAAUCAUGAUUUUGGAAAAACCGUGAAGCCAGUGCUUCUUUUGAUUCCUGCGCAGUGCAGGCUCAGCUCUCCACUGCCAUCUACUACGUUCUAAAAUUUUAAAGUUGCCCCCAAGACUAUAUAGGACAUUCAUAUCUUCUCCAGAAAUCUUUAAUUGUUUAGUUGAAGAAUGCUGUCAUUGAGUUGCUUUUCAUGUAUCAUAUACAUCAAAAUUAGAUUUUUCUUUUUCUUUAAUGUUUUCCCAGAUUAUAUGUAACUCAUCAUCGCCGUUCUUUGAAUUGUCCUGAAUACCACCAUUUGGUAGCCAAGCCCAAAACCAAAAGUGCGGUUUGGGUGCAUUUUGGCUUGCCUGCUGAUGAAAGUGACCGUGUGGUGGUUGAUAAUAUCGCCAUUUGUAAGCUAUGUUUGAAUUCGGUAUCUGCGAAAGGCGGAAACACCUCAAAUCUAAGUAGCCACCUCAAGUUUCACCACCCACUGAAAUUUAGGGAGUUGGCUUCUCCAUCAAGAGACAUUUCCGUUGAUUCGUGCAAUGAAGCUGAUGAUCCUCCAGUUGCAACAACGGUUAGUGCUGCUGAGCCUGCAGUAACGGUUGCAGAAAAUCCUAAAAAACGGCUGAAAACAACAUUGGAUGUUCAGCCGCUCAAUUCGAAGGCACCGAAAUCUUGUACUCAGGCAAUCAUAGAGUAUGUGGCUACAUGCAUGCAGUCUUACGACACAGUGGACCACCCAAAAUUUAUCCAGAUGGUUAACACUCUAAACCCAAGAUAUAAGUUGCCCAGCAGAAAAUACUUUGCAACCAAAGGAGUUCCAAAACUGUACAAUGACACCGUGGAGAAAAUGAAGAGAGAAGUAAGCCGGAUAAAGGAUACUGAGCUGGUCAUCACUACUGAUUGCUGGACAUCAGUAGCAGGCACUCAAUUUUUGGCAGUGACUGUACAUUUCAUAUCAGAUGAGUGGAAGCUGACUAAUGCUUUCUUGGGCUGUAAACAUAUUUUGAAGGACCACAACUCAGAUAAUCUUUGUGAAAUGCUCACAGACACAUUAUCGGAAUGGGGCAUAGAUGUAAAGAAUAUAUUUUGCAGUACUACUGAUAACGGUACAAAUAUUGUAAAAGUAGUUAAGCAGCUUGGUUUAGAGCACGUUUCCUGCUUUGCCCACAAUAUAACUGUUGGGGUUAACCGAGCUUUAAACUUGACACAGCUGAAAAAGGCAGUUACAAGAUUGAAAAACCUGCAAAAUAGCAUUAGCCAUAGUUGGAAAAUGAGAAGAGACUUUGCCAGAUCUCAAGAGAUACUUCAGAUGGAGAAAGUUAGUUUGCCGAGUGCUUGUCCCACAAUAUGGUGGAGCACAUUUAAGCUCUGCCAAACGUUUCUUGAAAACAAAAGUGCAUUGAGUGAGAUGUUUCUGGGUUAUCCCUCCAAAAACCAUUUGAUGUUGGAAGAGUGUGAUAUCUCUGCUAUACAAGACUUUGUGUCUGCAACUACUGUGUUAGAGGACAUCACCACGACUCUGAGUGGAAGCAAUGAUAUCACUGCUUCAUCUGUUCUGCCACUUUAUAGACAAAUUAAGAAAAGUCUCCAGCCUGAUGAGGGAGACAGUGUGCUGCUGCAGGACAUUAAACAUGAAAUUUUGGGCGCACUGUCAGAAAAGUAUGAAAGUGCACCUAUGACAACCACUUUAGGUCUAGCUUCGUUGUGUGACCCAAGGUUUCGCCUGCGCUUCUUGGAGGCUCCUGAGGCUGUCAGGCAGGAGGCCAUAAGGAAGAUGGCAGAAUUGCAUGGGAGUCUGUGUGCUGCUUCUACGGAGCCCAGUACUCCGCCUCCUCAGCCCAAAAAAGGGUUGGCGAAAAUUUUUGAUUUAGAGGAGGAAGAGGAGGACCUGGCAGAAGAUGGAUUAGCACCGUUGUCUGAAUUGAAAGCAGAAAAAGAGCUAAGAAGCUAUAUGGCUAUGCCAAGAGUGGACUUUGAUGAAUGCCCUCUGAUGUGGUGGAAGGCACAUGAGGCAUCCUUCCCCAUGUUGAAGGUGCUUGCAAAGAGGUUUCUGGCUAUCCCAGGAACAAGUGUGCCGUGUGAAAGUGUUUUCAGCACAGCUGGCAGUGCUCUUCAAAGACAAAGGGCAUCUCUAUUGCCAGAGAAUGCUGAAAUGCAAAUUUUCCUGGCAAAAAAUGUAAAUUUUGUUUAAUACAUUUUCCUUCUGUAAAUUUUUAUCUGUUCUUUCUAGUGUUGCCUGGCUUAUAAAAGAAAUGCAAGUUUUUCUGGCAAGAUUUUGUAAAUUUUGUUUAAUAAAAUGUUCUGUAAAAUCAA